AUCGACACUACACAAAAGCACAACAUUCAUUAUGUCAUUGGACUAUCAAACAGAAAUGUCUCGUUUGUAUAAAUUAGCUCAAAAAUUCAACUGCUUCUAUUUGUCAGGACUGGGAUGUCCCGAAUACAAGCCUUUCUUCGUCGAAGGCUAUCAAGUCGGAUUGGUCCGCCCUGAUGUUAUGAAACAACUACUCAAGUACCCGGAAGUCUUCAUGGUGGGCCCCAGCGGCGUCGAAUUAAAUCCGGCCUUCAGGGACUACGAGGAGAGAAGCAACCAGGUGGAUAAAGUUCUGAAAGAGUUGAGGAAAGAGAACGUUUUCAUAGCUUUAAAGGGCUGGCGAGAUGAGAAUUACGAGGUAAAAACAGAUUUUCUCUCGAAGAGCCUACUAAAGAUGGAUAGAUGCGCCACCUGUCUGUUUGGCAUUAGAAAUUACGGUGUAGACAUAAACGGAUACGUCAGACAUCCAACAUUAGGGCUUUGUCUUUGGUUUCAAAAGAGAUCACCUACAAAACAAACAUGGCCGGGAAAAUGGGAUAAUAUGGUCGGAGGAGGCCUAUCCGUGGGCCACGGAAUCCUGGAAACGGCGCACAAAGAGGCGAUGGAGGAAGCAUCCAUACCGGAACAUCUACUAUGUAAUCUAAUAAGCGCUGGCUGCGUAUCAUUUUUCUUCGAAUCCGAGCGAGGCCUCUUCCCCAACACCGAGUUCGUGUUCGAUCUGGAGCUUCCGGUGGACUUCGUGCCCGUUAAUUCCGACGGUGAAGUGGAGACGUUCGAAUUGCUCCCCGCCAGUCAGUGCCUCGAGAAAAUGCUGACCGCCGAUUUCAAGACAACGAGCACGCCGGUGGCGCUGGAUUUCCUCAUCAGGCACGGAAUUGUUUCGCCGGAAAACGAGAGGGAAUAUCUCAAAAUCAUUGAGCUUCUUCAUGUACCGCUGCAAUCGAUUUAUGGAAAAUGUACGCCCAAUUCCAUAAAAGAAAACGGGACUUCCCUGCAUAGUAUUAGUAAAUAA